UUGACUAAUCGAACGGCCAAAUCCAAACGGCAUAUUCUAUCUGUGUACACUCACCCACACACGAUUACCGCUCUCCAAGUCUAAAACCCUUGCGAUUUGCGAAGGCUCAGAAAUCCCAACACACUCGAAGCUGUUCUUCAUUUUUCUGUGUCUCUCUCCUGGUUCAACCAUGGCAUUUCUGAACAGAGUGGGUAAUAUUCUAAAACAAACUGUCAGCAAGCAUGCUAGUUCACAAUUUCUGGCUCCGAAUGCCUCGAUUUUUCAGGCAAUGAGGAGCAUGUCGUCUUCUGCAAAGCUCUUUGUUGGAGGCCUCUCGUAUAGCACGGAUGAGGUGAGUUUGAGGGAAGCAUUUUCCCAGUAUGGAGAAGUGGUUGAAGCUAGAGUUAUUUUGGACCGUGAGACUGGUAGAUCUCGAGGAUUCGGCUUUAUUACCUUCACUUCAACUGAGGCUGCGAGUAGUGCUAUCCAGGCAUUUGACGGCCAGGAUCUACAUGGGCGAAGGGUUAGGGUGAAUUAUGCUACUGAAAAACCUCGUGGUGGUGGUUUUGGAGGUGGCGGUGGUUUUGGAGGUGGAUAUGGUGCUGGUGGUGGGGGUUAUGGUUCUGCCGGUGGGGGUUAUGGAGGUGGGGGAUAUGGAGGUGGGGGAUAUGGUUCUGGUGGUGGGGGUUAUGGAGGUGGACAGGGUGGUAACUAUGGGGGCGGAGGUGGAUAUGGUGGUGGCAACCAAUAUCCGAGUCAAGGUGGUGGAUUUGGUGGUUCUGGUAACUACCCUAGUGGAGGAGAAGGUGCCUUUGGUGGUGGUGGCGACGCUGUACAAGCUGAUGGAAACUACAGCUCUAGUGGACAAACUGGCUUUUCUUCCUACUCAAAUCUUGGGACACCUGGAGGGAUUGGUGAAAGCUCCGGAGCAGUGGGUGGUCAAACGGAAGCUGGAGAUGAAGGUUUUGGGGCGGACAGUUUUGAUAAGGAUGAGGGUGAGGAGCCCAGUGAUUAUGCCAACACCAGGAACUGAAGACAGCCACCAAUAAUUGUAAGAGUUGUCUCGAAAUGUGAAAAUAAGUUGGAAAUUUUCUCUUUCUUGUGUCCCCAGUAUUUGGGUGCUAUCAUAUUCUCGUUCAUCCCCAUUCUGUCAGACUCGUUGCAAGAUGUUUCAUGACAUUUUUUAGUUUUGAGUGCUUUAUUAUUUUUCUGAA